AUGGAUAAACUCAUGUCCAAGCUUGGCGGUGGUAGCCAGUCCAAGGACAAGGAAGCUGAAGGUGGCAGCUCGAACGACAAAGACUAUGUCGAUAAGGGCAUGUAUUCGCCCCGAUAUUCCCUUUCCCUGAUCUUCCAAUCUACCUCUUCGGGCCUCGACUCAAUUGAAAAGAAGUUCGGCGGUGGUCGAAUCAAUCCCGACGACCCGAAGGUGCGAGAGACGAAUGAGAAAUUUACGGAUGCUGCGAGGAGCAAGCUUGAGAGUCUGACUGGGCAAAAAGCCCCCUCUAAAUUCUCCAACUAG